UCGCAACAUUCUGCACCAUAAAAUCCUCCAGAAAUAGAUAUUAUAAUAAUUCAACCCCAUAAAAAUCUGGUGCCGAGAUGGAGGUUUGCGCCGAACAAGAGGCUCCGCAGACCGUCAUGUCGUCUGGAGGUAAAAAAAGCAAGAAAGGGAAGGGGAAAGGAAAAUCCCUGUCCCUUGGGGAGUUCCUGGGAACCUCCAACACAAACACUGGCUCUACUGUGGUGGUGAACAAAGGCAGCUGGGCCGAUGAGAGCGAGGACUUUGAGGAGGACCGGUACCAGGGGCCCACCGAGAGGCUUGUGCUGCCCACCGCACCCCGCACUGCCCGGGAGCCUGAUGUGGACCUGGCCAGAGUACCAAAGGAGCCACCCUUCACUGCUUACAUUGCCAACAUCCCCUUUGAGGUGGAUGACAAUUACAUCAUCAGAUUUUUCCAGGACCUCAAGAUCAAGUCAAUCCGUCUGCCCCGGGAGGGAGGCGAGGGAGGACGCUUCAAGGGGUUCGGCUAUGUGGAAUUCGAGACCCGGAGUGAGCUGAUAGAGGCCCUGGGCAAGAAUGAUGAUAUGAUGGGGAACCGCAAGGUCCGCUUGGAUGUGGCAGAGGGUGAGGGUGGCAGCAUACGAAGGGGCUUCUCAGACCGGAGUGGGCGAGACGAUGACCGGCUGGACCGCAGUGAGGGUGUGUCUGACUGGCGUGCUGCCCCCCCUAGAGAAGACCGGGACAGCCGUAGUCCAGUGCGCGGAGGCUUUGGAGACCGUGAUCGCGGAGGUUUUGGAGACCGUGAUCGCGGAGGUUUUGGAGACCGGGACCGCGGCUUUGGUGACCGGGAUCGAGGUGGCUUUGGUGACCGCGACCGAGACCGAGGGGGAGGCUUUGGUGACCGCGAUAGAGGGGGAGGUUUCAGGGACCGCUAUGGUGACCGUGAUCGUGGUUUUGGUGACCGGGACCGAGGUUAUGAUCGGGACCGAGGCUUUGACCGCGACAGAGACCGAGGGUACAGGGACAGAUAUGGUGACAGGGGUUAUGACAGGGAUCGAGGCUAUGACUGGGACCGAGGCUAUGACAGGGACAGAGGCUAUGACAGGGAUCGAGGCUAUGACAGGGACAGAGGAUAUGACAGGGACAGAGGGCGUUAUAUGGGUGGGUCAGGUGGAUACCGUGAUGAUCCGUGGAGGAGGGAUCGCGAUGGCCCAAGCCGCGGCUCUGAUUCGGCACCAAGAGAGCGCCCCAAGUUGCAGCUGAUGCCAAGGAGCAGGGGCCCAGAGGCUGAGGAGAAGAAGGACGCUGGAGGUGGCGGUGGCAGUGGUGGAGGAGGUGGAGGAAGUGGAGGAGGAGGAGGAGGAGGAGGAGGAGGAGGAGGAGGAGGAGGAGGAGGUGGCAGUGGUGGUGGUGGAGGGGGAAGUGGAGGUGGAGGUGGAGGUGGAGGAGGAGGAGGAGGAUCCAGCAUCUUCGGCGCUGCCCGGCCGGUGGACACAGCUUCAAGGGAGAAGGAGAUAGAACAGAAACUCCAUGGACGGGAACUGCCUAGGAGGGAUGGAGGUAUAGGAGAUAGAGGAGACAGAGGAGAACGAGGUGGAGAAAGAGAUCGAGGUGGAGAAAGGGGAGAACGAGGUGGAGAAAGAGAUCGAGGUGGAGAAAGGGGAGAACGAGGUGGAGAAAGAGAUCGAGGUGGAGAAAGGGGAGAACGAGGUGGAGAAAGAGAUCGAGGUGGAGAAAGGGGAGAACGAGGUGGAGAAAGAGAUCGAGGUGGAGAAAGGGGAGAACGAGGUGGAGAAAGAGAUCGAGGUGGAGAAAGGGGAGAACGAGGUGGAGAAAGAGAUCUAGGUGGAGAAAGGGGAGAACGAGGUGGAGAAAGAGAAAGAGGUGGAGAAAGAGAAAGAGGUGGAGGAGAAAGAGAAAGAGGUGGAGAAAGAGGAAGAGGUGGAGAAAGAGGAGAACGAGGUGGUGGAGGAGGAGGAGGUGGUGGCGGCGGUGGCGGUGGUGGCGGUGCAAGCAUCUUCGGAGCAGCCCGGCCUGUGGACACAGCUGCCAGGGAGCGCCAGAUUGAAGAGAAGCUGAGGAAGAUGGAGCCGUCUGUGAAGGAUGAGCCGCCGCGCCGCUAUGGUCGUGAUGAUGGCAUGAGGGACAUCAGGAGAGAUGAGGGCACCAGGGACAUCAGGCGAGAUGAACGCAACAGGGACAUAAGGAGGGACGAGCGGCGAGAUGACCGCAGGGACGAUAGGCGAGAUGAUCCCCGGGAUAGGAAUGGCCCUCAAGAUGACAGGGAUGACACGAGGGACAGGGACGGCUCCAGGGACAGCCAGAGGAGUGGUGGCCCUGCCACCCAAAGGGACCGCAAGGGACCUCCAGUGAAGGAUACGUCCAAUGAGAAGAUCCUUGAUACUGCCAACAAAUUUGCCAGCCUUGACUUUGAGGCUGAGGAUUAGGAGCUCAAAGCUACGUAGUGUGCAAGGCAGGCCAGAGCUGUCUAGCCUGCAGGCGUUCCAGAGUGUGUGGCUGCCUCUCUGACGGCCUCUUACUGACCUCCCCGGCACGGUCCUCGCCACCAGCUCAGUGAUAGACACCCUGUGGUGGCUACCAGUGUCUCCGGCCCCUCGGCGAGUGCCCCGGCGUGGCCCUCGCUUGCACUACACCCUCAUGGUCACCCAGAGCUGCUCACCUACUGAUGUCUAGACUGAGUUGUGGGUCACCUCUGUGCUGCAUGUGGGAGUUGUGGCAUUCUUCUCAGCCUGUGUCUUGAGGGUGUUGCCUUGAAGUAUUUCCCUUGUCCUCUGACUUUACUCUUUGGUUGGUGACGGCAGUGUGAUGCCUGUUAUUUGAGUAACCCUGUGUGAGUUUACCGAAUACAAGACCACAGGCAAUUAAUGAACUGCUCAAUCACUCUGUUUGCCGUAAGUGGUUUGGGUAAACUUGCAUUACAACUUUUUAUUAGUCCUUUUACUGGUAUUGACAGAAAAACACUUGCUGCUUCAUCUGAGUUACCCAUGAUGUUUCUACUGAAAUACAAAACCACAGGCACUUGAAGGUUUGAACUACUCUGUCACUGCUUUUGUUGUCUGUGUUCUUUCAAAAUUAUAGUGCAAAGUUGCUCCAUAACUGAAGUUUGAUGGAUAUAGCAACCAGAUGUUUCUUGGGUCACAGGUUGCUGGAAGAAUGUAAGCAGCUUUGAUGGCAUGCAGCACAAGUGAGGUGGUGAUUUGAUUCAUGCAUGAUUUUCAAGACCAGUAUCUAGUAUAAUAAAAACAACAAUCUUGAUUUAUUAUGACUAUGAGAUGUUUUGCUAUGUGUAAUUUCAUUCACAUUCAUCACUGCAUGUUUUGGUUAAACUUUUGGGUUUGCUUUUGCCGAGUUCCCAGGUUUUCGUUUGAACGACUUAACACUACACAGCUUUGCAACUCAACCAUGAUGUGCAGGCAGACAGACAGAUACUCGGUCCUGUUUAUGCAUCACUCAUUAGUUACAACACAUCGUACAGCUGCCCAAAGUAGUGAUGUCAUGUACAAAACAUUUCAGAUAACUACCUCCACAUAUCAUCUCUCAGUUCCUCUUGGUCUUUGCUGAGUAGUUCAUUUGUUGAUAAUUCGUUUUUAUUUGAUUUGUAGCUGUGAAAUUCACUGGACUGUGUGACAUGAGUACUUGGGGCACCUGUACCACACAUUAGCUUUGAGUUGAGUCGGCUCGAGAGGAAAACUUGCAGAAGGUCUUCCUGGUUGUGCCAAGUCUUGGGUCACGCCGGGGCACAGCAGCCAGCGGCAGCAGUAUAUCUCUUCCAGUCAGUCUGUCAAUCAGUCAGUCAGUCAGUCGAUCAGUGUGUCGAUCAGUCUUGUGACGGCAGUGAUGACGACGAGCUGUGGUCUCACCCAGCAGCAGCAGCAGCAUCAUGUAGCCUUCUCUACCUGUGAUGAUGACCUCUCCAUGUGGCUGUGUUGACCUCCAGGUGCUUAUAUAUUGAGCUGUUUCCCCCCGAGAUAGAGACAGGGAGAAAAUGAUUUGUACCAGAGCCAGUAGGAGGAAACGAGACCAGUUGACCAGAUGAGCAGAGAGCCAGGCAGUGUUCCCUUCCAGUUGGACCGCUUGUGUGUGACUGGUGCACUCAACACUGUGGCUGUCUGCAUGCAAACACUGACUGUCCCUCAUGUGGAGGGCAUGGCAGGGAGGCGAGAGGGAGAGAGAGAGAGAGAGAGAGCACGAUGGGCGGAGAGGUGGAGUAGGAAGGGCCGGAUGAGGCAGGGGGAGUUGUCAGGGCAGGAAAUCAGGCACUUAGUUAAUGUUAUGACUUUUAUCCUUAUUGUAUUGUACUGUGUAGCUUAAGUAUGCAGCGUGUCUGGCAGUUAGGACAGAGUAAUGUUAAGAGAUCUUUAUGAAUAUACUAUAUAAAUAUAUAAACUAAUUUUUGUUUUGAUCAAAUGAGGAAAAGCAUUCUGAUAAGCUAAAUUUAAAAAAUGAGUAGUUUUUAUAGAAUUAGAUGAUUGUUGUCCUCUUGGAGACUUUAGGAUAGUUAAGUAUUACUAAUUGCACAUUGACAUCACUUGCUGUGAACCUUGAAUAGCACUAACUCAGUGAGAGGUAGCAGAGAUUAGGUUAUAAUUUUCUAAUCAGCUUUUUUCCUGUUUUAUCGCCUUAUACAAAAAGUGUGUUAGAUUGUAAAGUGUUGGUACUAUAAGGCAUCUUUUUACUCCUGAGCCCCGGAACCAUGCGGCUGCCGGGCUGUAUUGCUUAUUACUGAUUACUUGAAUUGUGUUAUAAUUUGGCAUAAUAAACUUAAUAAAGCGA